CGGCGCCGGGCGGGGGCGCGGCCAAUCGCGCGGGGCUGGCGAGCGCGGCCCGGCGACAUGGAGCGAGGCGCGGCGACCGGCAGCCCCUGACGCGCCGCGCGGGCCGGAGGUGGGCGAGCCCGAGGCGCCUGGGCCCCGCGGCGCGGAGAUGAGCAGGUCGGCGGCGCUGCUGCUCUGCCUGCUGGGCUGCCACGUCUGGAAGGCGGUGACCAAGACGCUGCGGGAGCCGGGCGCAGGAGCCCAAGAGGUCACCCUGAAGGUCCACGUCAGUGAUGCCAGCACCCACCAGCCCAUCCCAGAUGUGCUCAUCGAGGUGUUCACCAACCAGGUCUCCAUCGCCUCCAGCACCUCUGGCCCUGAUGGUGUGGCUUUCAUCAAGUUCCAGUACAAGCUGGGCACCCCGCUGAUUGUCACCGCUACCAAGCACGCCUAUGUGCCAAACUCGGCCCCGUGGAAACCAAUCCGACUGCCCGUGUUCUCUUCACUCAGCCUUGGCCUGCUUCCAGAACGAUCUGCAACUCUGAUGGUGUAUGAAGAUGUGGUCCAGAUAGUGUCAGGAUUUCAAGGUGCCCGGCCACAACCUCGUGUGCACUUCCAGAGGCGGGCCCUGCGCCUGCCCGAGAACACCAGCUACAGCGACCUGACGGCUUUCCUCACCGCAGCCAGCUCCCCUGCUGAGGUGGACAGCUUCCCGUAUUUGCGGGGAUCAGAUGGAAAUGGGACAGGAAACAGCACCCGGUACGACCUGACCCCCGUCACAGCCGUCAGUGUCCACUUGCUGAGCAGCGAUGGAACUCCAGUGCUGGUGGACGGCCCCAUGUAUGUCACCGUGCCCCUGGUCACCCAGAGCAGCCUGAGGCACAAUGCCUAUGUUACAGCAUGGCGGUUUGACCAGAAGCUGGGAACGUGGCUGAAGAGUGGCCUGGGCCUUGUGCACCAGGAGGGCAGCCAGCUGACGUGGACCUACAUUGCUCCUCAGCUGGGGUACUGGGUGGCAGCCAUGUCACCUCCCCACCCAGGUCCCGUUGUCACACAGGACAUUACCACGUAUCACACGGUGUUUCUUUUGGCCAUUUUAGGAGGAAUGGCUUUCAUACUUUUGGUUUUGCUGUGUCUCCUUUUGUAUUACUGCAGACGGAAGUGCUUGAAACCCCGACAGCACCACCGGAAACUGCAGCUGCCCCCAGCUCUGGAGAGUUCCAAGAGAGACCAGUCGACAUCCAUGUCCCACAUUAACCUGCUGUUUUCUCGUCGGGAGUCUGAAUUCCCUGGACCACUGUCUGUUACUAGCCAUGGGCGCCCGGAAGCCCCAGUCCCCAAGGAGCUGCUGAGCGGGAUUCACUUGGAGAGGAUGUCUUCCCACGGGGAGGUGGACAUGCACACACCCAUGCUUAAGCUCUCCUAUAGCACCUCCCAGGAGUUCAGCUCUCGAGAAGAGCUCCUCUCACAUAAGGAAGAGGAUAAAAGCCACAUGUCCUUUGACAACUUGACCCCAAGUGGGACACUGGGGAAAGACUACCGUAAGUCAGUGGAGAUCUUCCCCUUAAAGUCCAGAAAGUCUCUGGAGAGAGAAGGCUAUGAGUCUCCCUCAGGGAACAGUGACUACCACCGUCGGAGUUACAACACCGUGCUCUCGCAAUCUCUGUUUGAAAAGCAGGACAGAGACAGCCAGGCCUCCAGCCACCACAUGUCCACAGGGAGCAAGCUCACCAUCCAGGAACACCUGUACCCCACAGCUGCUUCCCCUGAGAAGGAGCAGCUGCUGGACCGCCGACCCGCAACUGAGUGUCUAAUGUCGAGGUCCGUGGACCACCUGGAGAGACCCACAUCAUUCCCUCGACCCGGCCAGCUCAUCUGCUGCAGCUCUGUGGACCAAGUCAAUGACAGUGUGUACAGGAAAGUCUUGCCUGCCCUAGUCAUCCCCGCUCACUACAUGAAACUCCCUGGGGACCACUCGUAUGUGGGCCAGCCUCUGGUGGUCCCGGCCGAUCAGCCACUGGACAUGGAAAGACUACAGGCUGAGCUGACCAGCCCACAUGCAGGCAUCUUCCCGCACCCCUCAUCCCAGAUGGCCACCCAGCCCCUGUCCUGCCAGGCCAUCUCCCAGCAGCACCUGCAGGAUGCAGGGGCACGAGAGUGGACCCCCCAGGGCGCAGCUAUGUCCGAGUCCCUGUCUAUCCCGGCAUCCCUCAACGAUGCGGCCCUAGCCCAGAUGAACAGUGAGGUCCAGCUGCUGACUGAAAAGGCCCUGAUGGAGCUUGGGGGAGGGAAGCCACUCCCACACCCCCGGGCCUGGUUCGUGUCCCUGGACGGCCGGUCCAAUGCCCAUGUGAGACAUUCCUACAUUGAUCUCCAAAGAGCUGGCCGGAACGGGAGCAACGACGCCAGCCUGGACUCUGGUGUGGAUAUGAACGAACCAAAAUCAGCCCGCAAGGGAAGAGGAGACCCCUUGUCUCUACCACAGAGCCACCCGCCAGUCCAGGAGCGCCCGCAGAAGGAGCCACAGGCAGCGGAAAGCAUGGCCUACACACAGCUGGUCUACCUGGAUGACAUGGACCACAGCGGCAGCGAGGGUGGCACCACCGCCUGCACCCCCGAGGACAGCGCCCUGCGGUGCCUGCUGGACAGCUCCGGAAGCCGGAGGAGUGGAGGCCAGCUGCCCAGCCUGCAGGAGGAAAACACCAGACGGACUGCUGAUGACCCCCCAGAGCCAGAGCCAUUGGCCAGUCCUGAGCAGAGGAGAUCCGUUCAGGAGGAAGAGGAGGAGGAUGAGGAUGAGGAUGACCAAGGAGAGGACAAGAAGAGCCCCUGGCAGAAGCGGGAGGAGAGGCCCCUGAUGGCCUUCAACAUCAAGUGAGGAGCAGCCACCCAGCCAGCCGCCCAGCGGAGGAACCCACUUUGCCAAAAAAAUCUCUCUUGUGGAAGUGCUUCACCUGUUUUUGGAGUUAAGUGUGGUGAACAGCGGUGACCUUGGAAAGUAGACUUGGACUGCAUUUCUGUGUUAGGAGUGCCACAAAGGAAUGACAGUAACGGCUCAGAAUAAAGAAAGAUGUUUGUGGAGGCCUCCCCUACUGGGAGGUAGCUGAACAAAAAGUCUGAAGGUCGUUGCAUGAACUUCAUGUGUCCGUUCUCCUCCCCAAGGACACUGAGAAGCCACAAGUAAUUGCUUGGUUCUACAAUAACCUCAAGUCUCCCUCAGAUCCUGGCAACAGAUGAAUCUCUCUUUUUGUUGUUGUUGUUGUUGUUUUGUUUCUUUUCUUUUUUUUUUUUUUUCUGCAUUGCUUGAAUCACUUUUAUCACCAUGAUGCUACUGUGAAGUUAUUCCUGAGACAUCCACUCAGCACUUAGCAUCUCUAAGUAUGCGUUCUCUCAAAAGAAAGCUAUGCACUGCUGCUUGUGUGGGCUUAUUUUUCAGAGACUUUUUUUUUUUUUGCUUUUGGGGUUAGGUUUUGUUUUGGGGUUUGCUUUAUGUUGAGACACAGUUUGGUCGUAACAAGGUGAUGCCUUCCUUUUAACCUGUUAUGCUUCUUGGUGAUUUGUUUUGAUGUCUCCUUUCAGGCAUUCCUCAGCGUCUUCACCUCUUAACGGCCAAGCCUUUUAAUGAAAUCGUACUGGAAUUUCUAUCCGCUCGCAAGAGUCCUUCAAUUCUGGUCCCAUUAACUCCAAGUGCCUUUUUUACAGUGACAACAGACAGUCCCUCACAUUUUUGGGGUUUUUGGUUUUUCUCCUUAACUCCUUUCAUCAAACUGCCUGGGUUUUAUAAAUCGAUUAAAGGAUGCCCUUUCCGUUAGUCUGCAUGCUGCCAAGUGCCCAUUUGUGCUCACUCUCAUUUCAGCACAGUGUACUCUCUAGCUCUCAUGCGUGACGUGGAUUCUGUUUAGCUAAGAUAGACUAGAGGACACUUAGAGAUCCCCCUCCCUUUCCCAUCCCUUUGGCCACCCACCACCAUAUGGUUUCAUUGCCUGUUUGUAUAUGUGGUUAUGUAAUAACUCUGGAAUCCUAUGGGCUGAUCUUGCUCACCAAACAUGAAGUAUGGGUUGAGCAAGUGGAUUGAAUGUGACUAUUAAAAAAUAAAUAAAUAAAUCUUAUGUCCUACCCAAAA